AUGGGACCGAUUCGGAGAUACCUGCGUGUCAGCAAAUACACCGUCCUUGAAUGCCGAAUAUACCUAGAAAACCCAUCGGACUCGCGAUGGCUACUGGACUCUCAUGAGGCUACACUCAAACGGGUCAUUGAAAGUAUCCGACCUCUCGUGCAGCCCAAGCUACGCGAGGAGAAAGAACGGAUCAAGGCCAAGAAGAAGAGCAAACCCGUGAAAGACGUCCUUGUUGAAGGUCAGUCAAGAAAUGAUGCCAUUGUUUCGAAUACCGACGGGAGCUAUUCCGUUAUUAACAAUGGACUUUUAGAUGAUUUUGAAGUUUCUAUAUUCCUGCGAGAAAGCGGAAGUCGACAUUCCCUGCUCACACGGCAAAAAGUUUUCAGAGACGACAAAGGCCGGAUCACAAGCAAUUCCAAAAAAAUGACAGGUGGGACGGAUGACUCACCGAUUGAAAUAUCAGAACAGAAUAUAGGCGAGACGAGGAUACUAGUGGAGAGCGAUGAUGACGAAGAGAUGCCUUUUGCAAACGAUGAAGCGCCAGAGAACAAUAAGAACAAGAAGGAUAAUAAUGCUGCUAAUGAAAAUAUGCAGGACACCGCUGAGGUGGCGAAUGAGGCCGCCGAAGACAAGAAGAAGCUAGGCCUUACUACCACGUAUGAUGGAUUUGGAAUAUGGGGAUGGGUCCUGUGUCUAAUCAUUAAACGCAAGAAGCCGAUGGAAUCUUCCAAAAAGACGAACGAUGGGGAGACCGGACAGGCUCUGAUGGAGGAGUGGAUUUGCACUCAAGCACCACAAGAAUACGACGAAUAG